AUGGCUUCCACCAGAGACAGUGGAGAUAACAGUCAAUCAUCUCCUCCAUCAUCCCCUCCUCCUCCUCAUGUAAUCUUCUCUACUCCAUCCUUCACUCCCAGAUUUGGUCGAAGGGAGUCAAUCACAGCAGCAGAUGAUGGAUCACACUUUCGUCGAAGGCUUCACAGGCCUGUCGUGAAUAUUAAAUCGCAUGCUAAUGAUAGACACAUUCGAGUACAAGAACCAGAAGGAAGUCAAGCAAAAUCGCCCGCUGCGAGUAUAUACAUGGGAUCAUAUACUCCACGACGGUCAAGAUCUCUGGCUGGUUCAAGACCUGGUUCUAUCAAAAGUCCUCCAACAUCAAAUCCAGCUUCUCCUAGAAGCAGUUUCAGUUUCAGUCAUAGUCACAUGAGUCACUUGUCGGAUCUUUUACAAGAUUAUAAUUUAGAUCUCGAAACAUAUGGCGUUGAAGAAUUGAGAGAUGGAUUUUUCGAUGCUGCCUUCUUUAAGCCACCGAAAAUAAGUCAUGAAGAGCUCAUGAAAGAUGCAGAGUUCACAUUACCAGCGGGGUUCAAGAAACAUCAUCCAUUGUCAUUAAAGCGUUUCUUUCCGAGACAAUGGCAUGGAAUCAAGGAAAUUUCCAAACAAUUGGUGACUACACGAGCUGGUAUCAAGCUCAUCAAAUCGUUCCUACCUUUCUUUAUUUCUUAUAUUUUGUGUUUGGUCCCCGUUAUCAGAAAUUGGCUCGGUCGUUACAAUUACAUUAUGGUCAUAUCGACGAUUAUCAACCAUUCAGGUCGAAGUGUUGGCGCUCAGAUUGAUGGAACGAUACUAACGAUUGUUGGAACUGCGGGAGGAUUAGGGUGGGGGGCUUUUGCGCUGUGGCUGUCAGAUUCUACGGCUGUUGCCAGAAGAGGAUAUGGAGGAAUUCUGGCCGCUUUCCUUCUUGUUUUCAUGGGCAUGAUCGCGGCACUCCGUUCGUAUUACAUAAGAUUGUACCAACUGGUACUAUGUGCUGGGAUGGCGGUUCUAUUUACCUGUCUUGCAGAUACCUCUGAGACCAUUGCUUGGAGGGUGCUCUUUGAAUAUGGCAUACCAUGGUUGCUUGGUCAAGCUAUUGCUCUCAUAGUGUGUUGUGUUGUGGUUCCUGACGCUGGCGCAAGAUCAUUGGCUGUGAGCUUACACAAUGCCUUUGACAUUAUGCAGAAAGGACUCCAACUCCCUCAAUCAGAGCCAGUCACUGUCCAUAGACAGCUGGCAUUUACUUUCGUCAACCUUUCACAGGCGUACAGAGAUUUGGUUCUUGAUAUAUCUGUCACCCGCUUCAAGCCCUCGGACGUUGAGAUAUUGCGAAAUUUAAUGCAAGCAGUGAUAAGAUCUUUCUUGUCUCUCCGAAUGGAAUCGCAUUUAUUCGAUGACUCUGAUAAGGAAGAAGAUUCCGACAUAGCUCUAUCCCCAGAUGCAUCAGCACUCAGUAUUCGACGGUUUCAUUCUGCUUCCGUGAUCAAUAUUGAUGGUCCACGACGUCCAAAGCUACAGAGAUCAGAUACUGAGGACCGAGCAGUGGAGUUGGUGGCCAGCAAACUUGCAGAACCUACAUCGAAUUUAUUGUCAUGUUUGAAGAUGGCAUUACAAAGAUGCGAUGCUGUGUUAAUGGACAUGUCUGGACAUAGAGUAUUUCUCGGCCCUCCUAAGGAUGUUUCUUCUGACAUUGUGGGCGCGAUUACGAGUAUCAGAAAGGCUAAGAUCAAAUACGACGAAGAAGAAGAGCAGCUUCUCCAGAACCCAAAUUUGCCUCCAACAUAUUCUGACCAUCCUGAAGUUGUCGAAAUAUUCUUAUUUGUCCAUCCUAUCAGACAAGCCGCAAAUACUGCUGAAGCUCUUCUCGUUAAAGUGAACGAAAUGCAGCAGAGACGCCCUGGUUGGCGAAUCUACCUGCCAUCUUAUCCAUUUGGCAAAGCUCUCCAACGUACAAAUGGACAAGUUCGACAUGACAGAGGGGGUGUAACAGCAGGUUUCUUUUUCCGAAGUCAAAGAGAACUUGCCAAGACAAUGAAAGGAAUGGCAAAUGUCUAUAAACCUACUCCACGGAAAGAAAGGGCCACAGAAGAAGAGGAAAAUUAUGACGACCUUGAGCCCACCGAUACUAGAGGGGCAUAUGCCGAAGAGGAAGAAAUAGCCAUGGACAAGAACUCACAAGCUUCCAGACAAAAGCGCUUAAGAUACAGAACUUGGAAAGUCCUUCAUCGUUUACAAGGCUUCGAGACUAGAUUUGCGUUCAAAGUUGCGAUAGUGACUUCUCUCUUAUCUGUUCCAGCGUGGUUAAGUCAGAGUAGAAGUUGGUGGAACAAAUAUGAAAGUUGGUGGGCAGUUGUAAUGGUUUGGAUAAUGAUGCAUCCAAGAGUUGGUGGAAAUCUCCAAGAUUUAAUAACCCGAGCGUUUUGUGCUAUACUUGGCGCUGUAUGGGGUGGUAUAGCUUAUGGUGCUGACAAUGGAAAUCCAUACGUUAUGGCUGCAUUUGCAGCCAUAUUCAUGAUACCUAUGAUGUAUCGGUUCACGCAAAGUCCCCAUCCUCGAUCCGGUAUUGUAGGUUGCAUAUCAUUUGUAGUUGUUUCACUAGGUGCAUAUACAGCUCCGAAUGAUAUCCCUGUUGUCACUGUGGCUUGGACUCGAGGAGUUGCUUUUCUGGUUGGUACCGUAUCUGCCGUUAUCGUUAAUUGGUUUCUAUGGCCAUUUGUCGCGAGGCAUGAAUUGAGGAAGGCUUUGUCGUCGAUGCUCAUUUAUUCGAGUAUAAUUUAUAGAGGUGUUGUUGCAAAAUACGUAUAUUAUGAAGACGGAGAAGAGCCAGGUGUGAAAGAUGUGCAACAAUCUGAGAUGCUGGAAGGUCGCCUGAGAGAAGGAUUCGUUAGGAUACGACAGUUAUUGGCUCUUACUCGUCAUGAAAUCCGACUUCGCGGUCCCUUUAAUCCACUUCCUUAUUCGGCAUUGAUCGAUGCCUGCGAACGAUUCUUCGAGUAUCUUGUCUCUGUACGACAGUCCUCACUCUUUUUUCAACCACAUUAUCUUUCCGAGAACGAGCAGGCAUCUGAAUCGCUACUCGCCUUUCGGCGUGAUGCAGUCGCCUGUAUCCUCAUGAACUUGUAUGUUCUAGCUGGGGCAUUGCGAGGUGAUAGGAAAGUUCCUAGAUAUCUUCCAUCCGCAGCAUCUGCUCGAAAACGUUUGCUAGACCAUAUGGCCCUACUGGAAUCCAUGAAUGUUCCUGCGACAUCUAGUAGUAUGUCCGUUAAGUCGAAACGAAGUAAAAGGAAAAGCAAGAGUAAGAAAAACAAUGAUACAAGUGAGACGGCAAAUAACUUGCCCGGAGGAAAGAAAUGGUCUCAAAUUUAUAGUUACAGCUACAGUCAGUCCCUUACAGGAUGUGUAACACAAUUAGAACAACUAUGCAGAUACACCAAGGAAAUCGUUGGUGAGCAAGGCUUCGAUCCCAUUCUUGAGGACGAAUACGAAGAUCUUACUCGCGACCGCGUGAGUGGUCACGGAUUUCUUGAUGGUCAAAUUACACCACGAACCACUAGAGGCUGA